AUGAAAUUGGGCACAAUUAACGUCACAGAAGGCAAGGAAUUUUUGCACGAUGCAAUUCCGUCACGCACUAGACCAAAUUUGCUCAGCAUGGACCUUCCUAGAUCUUUGGAUCAGAGUGCUCGUGAAAGGCUGACACCUAUCCUAGAGGAAGAUCCAUCGCAGGGUUCACUGAAGAACCAGGAAAGAAAAAUAAAAAUAACGGCCGCGGAGUUAACCAGAUAA